AUGUUGUUCUUCAAAUUUUUGCUUUCUUUUGCGGCAGCUGCGCCGGCUUUCCGAACAUUGUUCAAAAUCUCCUCCAGAACUCACUCGCCGUCCUUGAUCUCUUCUCUCCUUCUUACCAAGUACAAAGAGGCUGGCUCCGGUACCAAUCUCUCAAAGGCACAAGCUUUAGCACUUACAGAAAGUUGCUCAAACAAUGCCGUGUUCAGAUACGUGUUGGAGUCAGCCCAGAUUGCACAGACCUCCGUGCCUGCUUCUGAAUGUAGACUCAACCGAGACGACUACUACCAAACUGUGAUCCUGCCAUUGUCUCACUUCCAGGCAUCUUUAUACGAUGAUAACGAAGUUGAUGAAGAGCUAAGACAGAGGUUGAGGAACUUUCUACUGGAAGUCCUGCCGGGGCUCACAUUUUCCAAUUUCACCGAGCUCAAUUAUGGACUUGAGUGCUACGGUGAUCACUACGAAUUGACGCAAGUUGUUCUUAAACAGACCGUCGUCAAAGCUGCUCUCAAGCUACAUGUCAGUGUUCCACCAGAAUCACUGUAG